AUGAACUGCUUGUCAUUGAUGCUUAAUAGAGGAGCAGAAGAGCGUAAAUUUGCUUAUCACGCUAAGUCCCACUCAACUCGAUUAACCCACCUGUGCUUCGCAGACGAUCUCCUGAUCUUUACUGAUGGUACACUCGAAUCAGUACAGGCUGUUAUCUCGAUACUGGAUGAAUUUGCUCUUCACUCGGGCCUAAAAAUCAGUGUUCAGAAGUCUUCCUUCUUCUCAUCGGGUAUUUCCCAAGAUCAGGUCAACCUCAUCUCCUCAGCCAUGGGCCUGUCUCCGGGUGUUCUCCCUGUUCGCUACCUUGGUGUACCACUUACAACAAAGAAGCUUUCUCUCUAUAAUUGUGGCCCUCUCAUCCAGCAAAUCAAAUCAAGGGUCAACUCGUGGAGCUCUCGUGCCCUCUCUUUUGCAGGAAGGCUCCUCCUCAUCAACACAGGUAGUCACUCGGCAAAAGUCUCUUGGGAAACCUGCACUCUUGACAAAUCAGAAGGAGGGUUAGGAUGCAGGGACCUUGUAAACUGGAAUACUGCUUGCAUACUAAAACUAAUAUGGAUGCUCUUUACUUGCUCAGGGUCGAUAUGGGUAGCCCGCUGGAUAAAGAUCAGAGUCGGAGGAGGUACCUCAGUGAGAUUCUGGUAUGACAAUUGGUCUCCAUUUGGAAAGCUCUUGGAUGUCAUCUCUCCUGGCCGCACGAACACGAUGGGAAUACCAUUAUCGGCGACGCUAGCAGAUAUUUACUCUGAUGGCGCCUGGAACAUUCGCCUUGCACGCUCAGAUAUUCAAAUCCAGGUUCAGUCCUUUAUGACUACUCUCACUCUUACUGAUACUGAUGAUUCUUAUUAUUGGGAAACCGAGGGAAAAGAAUGGACAAGGUACAGAACAGGAAGAAUCUAUUACCUUCUUAAAAACCAUGCGCACACUGUACCCUGGUGGAAACUGGUUUGGAACAAAGGAGGAAUACCAAAACACAGCUUCAGUGCUUGGAAUACAAUGCUUAACCGUAUGCCAACAAAGGACAGGAUCAUCUCCUGGGGACUGCAAGCAACCCCGGCGUGCAUCCUUUGUACCUCUGGUUUCGAAUCUCGUGAUCAUCUUUACUUCAAUUGCGACUACAGUUGGGAACUCUGGAAACCGCUUGCACUCCGUUGUGGUCUUACUCCCUCUCGCCUCUGGACUGAUACGAUAUCAUCUCUUCUCACCCUCUCUUCUCCGGCUUGGCAGCGUCGUCUGAUUCUACUGGUUUGGCAGUUGGUGAUGUAUUCUAUUUGGCAAGAAAGGAACAGCAGAAUUCAUCGUCAAAUUUUCAAACCAAAGGGCACAAUAAGUAAUUCAAUUGACAGAACCUUAAGGAACAAGAUUCACUCCUCUCGUGAAGCAAACCCCACUAUGGCAUCCAACAUGAUCCAAUUCUGGAUUGCUUCUUCUCUCCACUCAACUCCGUGA